AUGUUAUUUCAGCAAAUAUAUACAUGUAUAUAUACAUAUGUCUGUGUAUGUAUAUAUCUACCAUUUGUAUGGUCUGGGGCACAUACAUGACGUUUAUCAGGGCGACGAUUAGACGUUGAUAAGCAGCGGCACUGUUUGCCACAAAACUCUAGGUUACAGAAUAUAACAGAACGGAACACUGACUGCAAUCAUAAUGAGUGCGACUACUGAACAGCAGAAACAGCCGGGCUCUGACAACGCUCAAGGCGAUGCACAGCCUAGCUCAUCAUCCACAACACAGCCACAAGGACAACAGGAACAACCACAACAGCCACCGCAACAAUCCUCACAAAAUACACCAGCGAAGCUACUGCAUCACUUUCAGACAAAUCGCAUCGACUCAGCGCUGUGGGCGCUACGUCUGCUUGUUAUCUUCUUUACCGUUAGCUAUGUGUUGCCCAUAUUCACCUCACAGCAGAGCUCUUUCAACAAGGUUCUGCUAGCAAAUGCAGCCAUCUCGGCGCUGCGCUUGCAUCAGCGUGUACCCGCCUUCUCGUUCAGUCGCGAAUUCUUGGCCCGUUUAUUUGCUGAAGACUCGUGUCAUUAUAUGAUGUAUUCGUUGAUCUUCUUUAGCAUUCGUCCCACUCUGUUGGUGCUCAUACCCGUUGCACUCUACUCUGUGCUGCAUGCGGCCAGCUACUCGCUCAAGCUAUUGGACCUAAUUGGUCAGAAUUCUUGGUGGGGCGCACGUUUCAUUAUCUCAAUUGUAGAAUUCCAGGCAGCCAAUAUACUAAAGGCCACCGCAUUCUGCGAGAUUUUCAUUAUGCCUUAUGCCAUUGUGCUGACCUUUAUGGCCCACGCUGGUUUGAUGACUCCGAUCAUCUACUAUCACUAUCUGGUUAUGCGUUAUAGCUCGCGUCGCAAUCCCUAUCCGCGCACCGCUUUUGCUGAGCUGCGCAUUACCUUUGAGGCGCUUGCAUCUCGCUCUCCGGCCCCCAUUGGCAAGAUCAUUCGUGGUGGCAUUGGAUUCGUGAGUCGCCUGGCACCACAGCCACAGCCAGCGCCAGCGCAGUAGAGCCCAAAAAAUAUAAACAAAAAACAAAAUACAAAAAAAAACAACAAUCAAAGGGACAAGCAAACAGCAACAAUACAUCAUAAGCUAGCUAAGUCUUUAAACACACACCCACACACACACAACUUCACAGAGUGUAGGUUCCAUCCAUUUCAUUUCGUUUGUUUUUAUACAAUUUACCAAAUUCGUGAUGAACGAUUUGUUCAAUAUCAAAUUCUCUAGUAUAGUUAAGACAUUUUUAUUUUGGCAAAA